AGGCGCCCUCCCCUCGCCGGGGGCUGCGAGUUGCAUUUGGUAAAACCCAGCCCCGGAAUAUAUAGAUCAUUGGAGCGCAAUGAAGUAGCCUUUGGAGAGGAGGGAGGGGGCCGUCCAACUGCCACAGCGGCCAGCGCACGCCAGCGGCCGCGGCACCACCAUCACCGCUCGCACCCUAGUCGCCCGGCCCGCGGGGAGGCAGCGGCGGCCGCCGGCGCCCGAGCAGCGCGGAGAGGCGAGGAGGACCAGCUGGAGCGCGCGGCCGGCGGGUCCACGCAUCCCGGCACUUCCAGACCAACUCCGGCGCCUUCCACACCCCAGCCCCGGGCUGGGGGCUCCGAGGAUCGCCGCGAAGCCAAGCCCGAUCCUCUCCCCCGAGCCCUGCCCAGCUCUGCUUUGCACCUCCCGGGCUCCGGUCCGCGCGCCGGGGUCCCCGCUCCUGCGCCCGGGGCGCGCCUCCCGGACACCCCGGUUCCCGCAGCCAGGACAAAGCCAUGAAGCCGGCGCUCCUGGAAGUGAUGAGGGUGAACAGAAUUUGCCGGAUGGUGCUGGCCACUUGCUUGGGAUCCUUUAUCUUGGUCAUCUUCUAUUUCCAAAUCAUGCGGAGGAAUCCUUUUGGUGUGGACAUCUGCUGCCGAAAGGGGUCACGAAGUCCCCUGCAGGAACUCUACAACCCCAUCCAGCUGGAGCUCUCAAACACCGCGGUCCUGCACCAGAUGAGGCGGGACCAGGUGACAGACACGUGCAGAGCCAACAGCGCCACCAGCCGAAAGCGACGGGUGCUGACCCCCAAUGACCUGAAGCACUUGGUGGUGGACGAGGACCACGAGCUCAUCUACUGCUACGUGCCCAAGGUGGCUUGCACCAACUGGAAGCGUCUCAUGAUGGUCCUGACCGGCCGGGGCAAGUACAGUGACCCCAUGGAGAUCCCAGCCAACGAGGCCCACGUGUCCACCAACCUGAAGACCUUGAACCAGUACAGCAUCCCAGAGAUCAACCACCGCUUGAAAAGCUACAUGAAGUUCCUGUUUGUCCGCGAGCCCUUCGAGCGCCUGGUGUCUGCCUACCGCAACAAGUUCACCCAGAAGUACAACACCUCCUUCCACAAGCGCUAUGGCACCAAGAUCAUCAAGCGUCAGCGCAAGAAUGCCACCCAGGAGGCCCUGCGCAAGGGCGACGACGUCAAGUUCGAGGAGUUCGUGGCCUAUCUCAUCGACCCUCACACCCAGCGGGAGGAGCCCUUCAACGAGCACUGGCAAACCGUCUACUCGCUCUGCCACCCGUGCCACAUCCGUUAUGACCUCGUGGGCAAGUACGAGACUCUGGAAGAGGACUCCAAUUAUGUCCUGCAGUUGGCCGGCGUGAGCAGCUACCUGAAGUUCCCCACCUACGCCAAGUCUACGAGAACUACCGAUGAAAUGACCACGGAGUUCUUCCAGAACAUCAGCUCGGAGCACCAAACGCAGCUGUACGAAGUCUACAAACUCGACUUUUUAAUGUUCAAUUACUCAGUGCCAAGCUACCUGAAAUUGGAAUAAAGGGGAGGGGGUGGGGAGGGGGAAGAGGGAGAGAGUCGUGCUUUUUAAUUUAAGAUUUUUAUUUGUCAAAAGAAGUCUAUGGAUAUUGGGUUAUUUUGUAAAUUAAUAUUUCUUCGGGGAAGACGCUGCGAGCAGCACGGUGAGGAUUAUUUAAAACUCUUUUUGUCGGGAAGGACAGCUGUCUUUGCAGGGGAAUAGGAUGGGUCGUCCUUGUUUUGACAAGUGAAUGCUACAACACUGUCUCAAAGAUUUCCUUGUGUUCUGGUGAAUUCCAAGAACUGUGCAUUCCAUAAGUUCUAAUUAAUAUUAUUUAUAGUUAUUUAAACAUGGUCUCUGUUACAGAUUUCUCAUUGUGGCAGCAGAGUGCCCAUGUCUUUUUCAGAAGAAAUCUAUAGUUUGUGCUUUGCUUGCUACAGCUCAUUUGGGGACGUGAUGUUCUCCUGAGUCACCUCUCAUGGAGCUGUACAGUGACAACCCUUGUGACGUAUACAGAUGCCACCAUUCAGGAAAUUCUGCUACAAAAAAAAUAGGUUACUAUUGCCCUUAGGAAGAGGAAUCUUCAGGGCUGGGCAUGAUGGUAUAUACCUGUAAUCCCACCUACUUGGGAGGCAAAGGCAGGAUGAUCAAGGCCAGCCUAGGCAAAGUUAGUGUGAGACCCUACUCGAAAAACAAACUGAAAGGCAAAGGACUGGGGACUUGACUGAAGUGGCAGAAUGCUAACCUAGCAUGAAGCCCUGAGUUCAAUUCCCAACACUGCAAAGAGAGGGGGUGUCAGGGGAAAGAGGCAUCUUCACAAGGGACUAGUUCCAAACCAGUUUCAACCCAAAAUUCCCUUGCACUAAAGAAAUGUGAUUUUUUUUUUCUUUCGUAACCGAAGGAUUGUAGCAGGUUUUUCACCAGAAUUAGCAGUUUAAUAGGAUAGGCUUUUUUUAUGGAAAAUUUUAACUGGCAGGGCCAGUUGUGGUGAAGGCCAGGUGGCUGUUGCUUUUAGUCACAAGUAUUUAUUGAGCAGCUGUUAUACUCCAGGCCCAAGUGCAGAUAGGCAUUGAGAAAACCCAGUAGUCUUGGCCCUCAAGAAGCUUUAGAUGGACAUAGCGUCCUGCAGGACAGUGGACGAACCCUGACCUUUCUAGUUUUCACAUGAUCUUUGGGUAUUCGUGAGCAAUCCUAGAAGGCCCAUGACCUCUACAAGUUGGCUUUCUUUCUAUGGCCCAAAUUUGAAAACCACGCACUUGGAUCAGGCCCCUUGGUGAAUGAUCCAAGGUCAUUGCCAAUACAAGAAAAGGCAAAAAUACUUCUUACUGUGUGCCUGCUGCAGCUUAUUGCUUAGUGGCUGCCUUAAGGCCCCAGAACUGGUUCUCCAGGUACAGUGAGGAAGUGCUGUGAUUGAUUUGUGAUGUCUGUCUUGGAUGCAGGAAGGGAAAAGUUUGUUUGUCAAGUGCCUCCUACUGUCAUCUCCGUCCAACAGCCACAUCCCCAGACGUGUCUUCUGAAUGUCACAUGAAAGAGUGAAAUGCAUACAUUUGGGGUCUGGUGUUUGCCCUUCAUGAAGGUCAAGAGUGGGCUAUUCUGUACACAUACGCACGUGCACACCCUCCCACACCCUCCAGAGGUUGACACCACAGGCACCUUCGUGGCUGCCUUGCACGAGCAAUGAGGACAGCCUCUUGUGACCGCCAGCCUUACAGCCUGUCCUCCGGAGCCACUUCCAGUUCCUUGCUAAUUCACAUCCAAACCACGUCUCAUUUCCAGCCAUUUCUGACACGUCUGAAGUUUGAGCCACAUCGUCUUACAGCCAGGGAAUGAGUUGGUAGCAGAUACUGUAUAUAUUAAUAAUAAUAGUCUAAUAAUGGGGGUAGGGUGCGAGUGUUGCUUUCUGUUUUGUGUCUGACUCAUGUAAUGAAGGGUGAGAAAAUUCUGAACGAAUGAAAGAAUGAGUAAUUUAUUCACAGAAAACUAUUAAAAUCUUCUUGUAAGGCUCACAGUAACCUCGGUGAGGAGCAAAAUAUCAAGGAGGAAAUGGUUUUAUUUACUGCGCGUGAGAUGUGCGCCACAGAGGCAGGCUGAAGCUCUUUAUAAAACGUGGGUGCCUUCUUCCCAGCUCUCUCCUCUUUGUGACGGUCACAGCCUCCGUGCCAUUGAUGGACAGAGAUUUACGCAAUGUGACGGAGUUAGAGUGACAGGACCUGGAACUGAGUGUCUGGGGGCGCUGUCCUCAAAAAUCAGCUUCUGCUAAGGAAACAGGCUGCGUAGCAUUGCUCAGAGAUGCCCCCCGGCAUGGGGGUUCUCGGGACAAGUGAAGGGCUUUGCGAUCACGUAUCCUUGCAAAACAAAAUUGUUUCCUUUCUGCAGUACUUCUCAGAGCCUUGAACGUGUGCAUUAUUGGGAUAGCAGUGUGUCCUGGACUUCAAUGAGCAGGACCCUUGGUUCUGCAGACCAUCUCACGGAGCUAGUGUCCCACAGGUGAAUUGGCUAGGCUCAUUUAGCACUUGUGAGGUCUGCAAGGGUCAGAACUGUCUCCCCAGCGCCCCCUCCCCCGCAUCAAAAAAAAAUGAACAGGCAAAACCAAAGUUGUACCACAGUCUCCAUCUGGUUUAUAGCAGCAGAGGCACUUAGUGAAAUGAAUUAAACUUUUACUUAAGUGCAAUGGUUCUAAUCCCGAUCCUACUAUGGACAGCGAUUCCAUCCCCAAUGGAGUGGUGAAGGGAAGUCUCGGGGGUCAUAGCUGGAGGGAAGGGGUGGUGCAUGGGCCACAGAAUGGUCCCGCUCCCCGGCCUUAAAGGUUGCUCCGUGGGAGCCCAUCAUCUCACAGUGAGCCCUUCUCCAUUUCCACAGCUUGGAACUGUUCAUUGUGUGCUUUUCUGGUUUUGAAAUGGAAAUUCAUGCCGAAUUCUGUGUUUUGCGUUCUGUGUCUGACUUCCAGCCAUGGCGCAGACUUGCUGUGUGCUGUGUGCAAGCGGCCUCUCGUUGACUUCUCUCUCUUAAGUGAGAAAGAGUGUCCUUCAGGGGAUGAGGCAGUUACCUGUUUCUGAAAUGAGGGAGUCUUUCUCCUCAUGUUCUGUUUGUGUUUGCAUUUUAUUCUGUAAUGACAUAAGAUUUUUUAAAAGUUGAUUCAACCAUUUUUGCAGAAUGUAGAACGUAUUCUGUCCUUGACAAAAGAAAUCUAUGAUGAAGUGUGCCUGGAAAACGAGAAGGCAGUGUUUUUUAAGAAAAACGUUUGCAAACACAUUCUCCUGCAUGCUUAGCUGGAGAAGGCACUGGCAGGUAUCUCAGCUCCAAGCCACUUCCGAAGGUGCUGCUGUCUCUAGAACCAGGUACAGUCAAGGUACAGGACAUUCCUGCUUCUGCUCCCCAUCCCGCUGGUAAAGUCUAGAUAUCAGCCACAGGACUCCUUCCUGUAGCUUCUCUGGACCCCCUGCCCACCCUCCCCAGCUGGUCUGGGACGAAGGGUGGCCUGUGGACCCAGCCUGUCUCAGACGGGCGCUUCCUCAGAUGGGCCUGUCCACAAGAGAGCAGUGGGUACGAGAAACUUGAAUGAGACUCUUCCUCCUGGGAGCAGAGGCAGGGAGCACAGGGUCUAAUCCAUGCCCCUGGAAAACUCCAGAACAAAGUAUGUGAGCCCCUUAGCAUACUUAGCUGGAGGGGUCUGGACCAGGGCUGAGCAGGAUUGCAGAAGUCUCUAUUCUAAUCUGGCAAAAGGCAGAGGGAUUCUGCUUGCUUUCCCAAUCAGCCCUUUGCUUCCUCCACCCAGUUCCACCCUACACACAUGCACACACACAUACCCCCUAAACUGCUCAACUUGAGCACCCUGGCG